AUGUCCUCGAGUAUAAGAAGAGGAUCAAUUAUAUUUUUCCUCCUCGUUGUAUUAUUUAUUACUUGUUGUGCUCCUAAACCCUUCAACUAUUCCUGGGCGACAUUCACUGGAAUAAUUUCUAUAUUUUUAGUUGUUGAUUUUUUAUUUAUCAACGAAAAAUCUUUCCUUUUUGACCCAUACUACGACAAUUGGGCUGCCAGGACUGAAAGCUGA